CACAUGAUUUCCAUCUUGCAAUUGAUAUUUGUAAUGGAUUGCGUCCUGCGAUCACCGAAGACACCCCCGAAUGCUGGUCUAAUAUAAUGCAACAAUGUUGGCAUCCUGAUCCUUCUCAGCGCCCAACAAUCAAACAUCUACUUGGCCUAAAUAAUAAAUACCGUGAUAUUUACGGGCACUUUAAAAAUGAACAUAAACCAAUGUUUGAAAAGGCAGAGGAAAAGCGCAAUCAGAUGAUCGAAUUAGGUAUUCCUUUUGUAAAAGACUCCGGAAAAGAACACUCUAAUGCCAAUUAUACUAGUGAUAUCACUUUUGAUUUUGAAGACGUGAGAGUCAAAUCCGAGAUUAUUUCCAAAAAAGACGAUAGGGAUAAGUGGCAACAGUCAUU